GACAUAAGCAUAAAACAGUUAUGAGUUUUGUUUUGAUGGCCUAUGUCUGACCUGAUCUGUGGUUAUAAGAUUCGCCGAUAAAACGACGUCUAUUAUUAUUACAAACACAGUGCUUGAAUAUUGCUAUUGAUAAUAUAUUCCUGCUGCUUCGGAAUUUACUAGCCCGCGUUUGUUUGCGUAACACCUGAUUCGUUUCAGAUACAACUGCUCCCCAUUUAAGCCAGACCUAAUAAAAGUUCGAAGCCAUGGGUAAAAACAAGCCCAAGGCGCAGACUCAGAAGGUCAAGCAACAGAAGGCGUUCGUGGUGGGAACCAUCAAGAAGGCGAAGACCAAGCCUAUCUCUUCCAACCUGAAGAAGUUGAAUCUGCAGUCGACGAGAGCCAAGACGGACAAGGUAGAUGCCAGCUUUAAGGAGAUCCGCCAACAGAUCCAGGAGGCGGUCAGUGCGUCUACAGAAAAGCCCAAGGCUGUCGCUACGCAAGGGAAGUCAUCACGAAAAGAAACAACCAAGGAACCCGUCGAUAUGGACACAGCUACCGAGAGUUUCUCCAAGUUAUGACAUACUGUUUUAAUAGCGAGAAUUUGAUUAUGUCGGUCAGUGCUCUUACCCACUGUGAAAAAUCAAUAAUAUAAAUAAUUUAAAAAAUCAAAUAUAUAAAUUAAUCGAGACUCUAAUCGUAUGUGCUUGCGAAUUAUGCGGAUGAAUGUCUGGAAACCGUCAUAAUUAACUGUAUGGAUAUUUAUUUGAUUAUUUCUGUAAAAUAUCAUCUUUCACUGUCAUCUUUUUGUAACGACGCUUUUGACUUAGCCAUCAUUCCACCAAUAUCGGAGCAAAGUAAUGAGUAACAUGUUGUUUGAUGUUAUGACUUUUACCGUUAAUGAAUAUGCAAAGUUUCCAUGUGAAUGUUAUCUGAACUCCUUGUAAAUUCAUGCGAAAAUAAAUGUAUAAAGCGA